AUGGACCCUUGGGAAAUGCAAGAAGCUGUCGAUGUGUUAGCGAAACUACCUCCAAAUUUUUCUGAAGGUGUAGAAUCGAAGAAGUGGGGAGACCGUCGUGAUGCUCUUCAGGCCUUCCUGACUUUAUGUGCAGAAAACCCUAAGUUGUGCCCUAAGGCGAAUUAUGGCGAACAUGUUGGAAUGCUGAAAAAGAUUUUGGAAAAAGAUGCUAAUAUUAACGUUUGCUCUGUUGCCGCGCAAUGUAUUACGAUGUUAGCACGAGGAUUAAGAAAAAAAUUCGCGCCGUAUGCUUCAACUGUCGCUCCAGUUAUAUUUGAAAAGUUUAAGGAAAAAAGGCCUCUUUUAAAGGAUCCCUUAUGCGACUGCAUUGAUGCAGUUGCUGCUUCAGCAACUUUGGAGGCAUUAGGUGAAGAUGUUCAGAAUGCUCUCAACAAACCAAACCCGAAUAUAAAAUUACAGACUAAUUUAUUUCUUUAUCGAGAGUUAACCAAGUGUAAUGCUCAAAAUGCUCCCAAAAAGUUAUUGAAAACUUUACUUCCAAUUUUAAUAAAGCUCACUGGGGACUCAGAUCCAGAAGUUCGUGAAGCCUCAUAUUCUGCUAUAGGAGCAGCGAUGAAAGCUAUUGGAGAAAAAGCUUGUAUGGUUUUGUUAACAGAAAUUGCAGAGGACAAAACAAAGAUGACAAAAGUAUUGUCUAUAUGUAUAUUGGCUGCGAAAGAUCGUUCAAUUAAAGAAGCGGCAGAAGCUGAGGCACUUCGCCGGCAGACGGAGGUUUUAUGUAAUGGCUCUAAUGGUGGUGGAGUAACCACAGGAAACAGUGAUCCUCAAGCAGCCGAUAGCACAGCAGCUUCUGUUGAAGUAGAUAUGUGGGAUAUGCUGGAACCUGUGGACGUUCUUUCAAAACUCCCACCUUCAUUUGCUGAGGGAGUUGAAUCUAAAAAGUGGCAAGACCGUCGGGAUGCUUUACAAACGUUGCUUACCCUGUGUACUGAGAACCCAAAAUUGUGUCCUAAAGCAAAUUAUGGCGAACACGUAGCGGUUUUGAAAAAGAUAUUAGAGAAGGACGCGAAUAUUAACGUUUGUGCAUUGGCUGCUAAAUGUCUCACAGCAUUCGCUUCAGGAUUGCGUAAAAAGUUUGCUCCCUAUGUUUCUUCUGUGGCGCCUGUAAUUUUUGAGAAGUUCAAGGAGAAAAGACCAUUGUUACGCGAUCCGCUAAGCGAAUGCAUCGAUGCAGUAGUUGCUUCAACAACGUUAGAAUCGAUGGGCGAGGAGGUCCAAGCAGCUUUGGAAAAAGCAAAUCCCAAUAUAAAGAUACAAACGAAUUUAUUUCUUUAUAGAGUGUUUAUGAAGUUCAACGCCCAAAGUAUGCCGAAGAAGCUGUUAAAAACUCUUGUCCCAAUAAUUUUGAAGCACACGGGCGAUUCUGAUCCGGAAGUUAGAGAAGCGUCGUACUCAGCUUUGGGUGCCGCAAUGAAAGCCAUUGGUGAAAAAGCGUGUAUGGUACUUUUGGGUCCAAUUGUGGAAGAUAAGACAAAAAUGGGGAAAAUUCGUGAUUUUCGAGACAAGGCUGCAAAAGAAGCAGGGGCAGAUAUUGUGUCGGCGAUGGUACAGAGUAUUCACAAAAGCGAUCACGAUGACGGUGGUAAUGAAGAACGGGUAGUGGAGCCAAAAAAGGAAUCACCCCUAAAGCCGCCAGCGUCUGGUUCUGGAAGUAAAAAAGUGGCGAAGGGGAAGUUACAGGAAGGAGAUGAUGGGACAAAAACUUCUUCCUCAAACGAGAUUGCUGCUGUUGCUACUGAAUCUACGUCGGAAGAAACCACUGCAGUUAAAGAAAGCCCUUUAAUAACUAAUCGCGAAAAAGCUUCUCGUCUAAAAGACGAAAAGAACUUCAAGGUACUGAAAUGGAAUUUUGAUCAACCGACUAGCGAACAUGUUGAACAGUUGCACUCACAGUUUACUGCGGUUGCUGUCCCCUCACUGUGCAGCAUGCUAUUUAGCAAGGAUUUCAAACAGCAUCUAAAAGCACUUGACGUCCUUGAUUCACUGGUUAUGGAAGAUCCGGAUGCUAUUGUUGCUAACAGCGACUUGAUUUUGAAGUGGAUUUCGCUUAGAUUUUUUGAAACCAAUCAACAAGUGCUCCUCAAAGCGUUAGAUAUGGCUUCAAAAGUCUUUGCUGCUAUUCAGGCUGAGUCAGAACCUUUUAGUGAUGCUGAAUUGACUUCUUUCGUGCCGUAUCUCAUUACAAAACUUGGAGAAACUAAAGACUCGAUACGAGGUCCUGUGAAAAAAAUUUUAUUUAUUUUAACGGAAAUCGCUAGUCCCCCGAGGAUUUUUCCAUUCGUUGUGGACAGUCUAGGAAUUAAAAACUCCCGAUUACGUGCUGAGUGUUUACAAAUUCUGUUAGCUAUUAUAGAUUCAAAUGGGCUUAGCGGCACAUCAACGCCCGGUCCAUCUUUAAAAGCUAUCGCAGCAUGUAUUAGUGAUCGAGAUAGCAAUGUUCGAAAUGCUGCACUUAAUGCAGUAGUGGCGGCUUACAAGGAAGCGGGAGAUGUUGUUUUUCAACUUAUCGGAAAACUGAGCGACAAAGACCAAGCAAUGCUGGAAGAAAGAAUAAAAAGAAGUGGAGCCGUUCCAAAGAAUAAAGGUUCACCACCCCGUAAUGCACCAAAUUCGGCUCGAAAAGGACGCCCGGUCAUUGGUUCUGCCAUAAAAGGUGGUAAAGCCACUUCUCGUAAUCGGUCCGCAAGUCGCAACUCUAACAGGGGCUAUAAUCCGAGUGCAGGCGAAGAAAGUUCGGAUGAUAAAAGCGUUGAAGAAGAUACGAGGAAUCGGACGUUCUCUAUGGAGGAUAGGCAGAACGGCGAUACAGCAACAAAUAGUCGUCCUCGUUUCUCACUUAAUUUGAAGGCUUUGGGGAUUGAGCCAAAUCCACCAAGUUGUCCUCAGUUCCGUGAUGACGAGGAAAUGUCUUCGUUACUGAAUCAACUUGAACCACCCGUACGGCGCCGGACCCAAAAUUCCGUUCCUGUUCGUCGGGCAGAAUCUGUUUGUUCGACGGCAUCGCUUGAUUCUUGUACUGGCGGUGACAUUGACAAAAUAUUUGAUAAAGCAAUAAAGACAAGUUUGGUUGGAAGACAAGUAGUAAUAAUUUUCCAGGCUAUUCAUGGGAUCGCCUCUAUUUCUCCUUCAGCAGCAAUGCAGACUCUCUCACAAUUACAAUAUCUAUUUCAAGAGCCAGGGCUGUUUCGCUUUUUGGCUGACAGAAUUGAUGCAGUUGUUCAAGCAGUUGUAACUCAGACUUCGUUAAUAAGGAGUCGCCAUUUAAAUGAUUUCAGUCUUUUGGAAGAAGUUAACGACUUGAUUCGUCUGAUAAACAACUUUUUAUGCUCCGUAAGCAGUUGCAUGCCAAUGGUACGAGAACAUUCUACAUGUAGACGUAUUACAACAGAAAACUUAAAAAUGCUUAUCCAGGAGUUCUUGUACUUAUUGAAAGAUGAACGACUGAAAAGGCUUAAAGGAGUUUCUGAGAUAGUACGGUCUUUAAACUACUUAACCAUUCGGAUCUGUGAUAACGCCGAUCCAACGUUCUGCUACUUAGCAUUAGUUUCUAUGUUGACGGCCGCUCUUCGAGAUCCGCAGAAUGAUACAGUUGUUUUGAUUACCAAAUGCAUAAUUAAACAGUCUGAUCAGUUUCUUCGUGAUAAUUUCGCUAGAGAAUCACCAAUGGACAUGGAUGCAGUUAUGUUAGCAACGCACGAUUUUAUGAAAGAAUUUAAACCAAGAAUGGAAGAAGAUAAUGUUUUGAAAGAGGCGAAUCAUUGCAUUGAACUAAGUAUACAGCGUUUAACAAUCGCUCAUGGGGCUUCGAUUUUGAACCACUUCUCUCGCAUUAGCGAUCCAGAAAACAGUGAAGCGGUAAAUUAUGCGCGUAGAUGUGUGCGAUCUUGGCAGAAGAGCAGGGGGGGAUUAUCGACAUCAACAUUUGGUAAUCUUCCGGGCCAGGUUUGUUGCCGCUAA